UCAAAUUCAAAUUCAAAUUCAAAUUCAAAUUCAAAUUCAAAUUCAAAUUCAAAUUCAAAUUCAAAUUCAAAUUCAAAUUCAAAUUCAAAUUCAAAUUCAAAUUCAAAUUCAAAUUCAAAUUCAAAUUCAAAUUCAAAUUCAAAUUCAAAUUCAAAUUCAAAUUCAAAUUCAAAUUCAAAUUCAAAUUCAAAUUCAAAUUCAAAUUCAAAUUCAAAUUCAAAUUCAAAUUCAAAUUCAAAUUCAAAUUCAAAUUCAAAUUCAAAUUCAAAUUCAAAUUCAAAUUCAAAUUCAAAUUCAAAUUCAAAUUCAAAUUCAAAUUCAAAUUCAAAUUCAAAUUCAAAUUCAAAUUCAAAUUCAAAUUCAAAUUCAAAUUCAAAUUCAAAUUCAAAUUCAAAUUCAAAUUCAAAUUCAAAUUCAAAUUCAAAUUCAAAUUCAAAUUCAAAUUCAAAUUCAAAUUCAAAUUCAAAUUCAAAUUCAAAUUCAAAUUCAAAUUCAAAUUCAAAUUCAAAUUCAAAUUCAAAUUCAAAUUCAAAUUCAAAUUCA